UCUAUCAAACUCCACAGUCCUGCUACAGUCUUCAGCUGUAUAACGGUCCUCUCUCCUCGUGUUCUCUCCUCACCAGCAGACAGUCAGUCAGCCAUCAUGUACAGUUACAGCCAGAGCACCAUGGGCGGCCCCAUGAUCACCAGGCAGAGCCGCAGCUACACAUCCAGCGCUCCUGCCCACAAGGCUCACAGUGUGUCCGGAUACAACUUCAGAGGCCCCCGCAUCAUGUCCAGCAGCGUGCGCAGCGUCUCCUCUGGGUUUGGAGGCGGCAUGGGGGGCGGCAUGGCGUCCGGCGGCGGGUACGGAGGUGGCAUGGGAGGGUUCGAGCUGUCCAACGCCCUGGACCAGAGCAACGUGCACCUGAACGAGAAGGCCACCAUGCAGAACCUGAACGACCGUCUGGCCAGCUACCUGGACAAGGUGCGCUCUCUGGAGGCGGCCAACUCCAAGCUGGAGAUCCAGAUCAGAGAGUACUAUGAGCAGAAGGGGCCUGCAGCAGAGAAGGACUACAGCAACUACUGGGCCAUUAUCAAUGACCUGAAGGACAAGAUUGCCGCAGCCACCAUCGGCAAUGCUAACAUCCUGCUCCAGAUUGACAACUCCAAACUGGCUGCUGAUGACUUCAAAACCAAAUUCGAGCAUGAGCUGAUGAUGCGCCAGUCAGUCGAGGCCGACAUCGCCAACCUGCGCCGUCUGCUGGACCAGACCACCCUGACCAAGGCCGACCUGGAGAUGCAGAUCGAGGGCCUGCAGGAUGAGCUGGCCUACCUCAAGAAGAACCACGCCGAGGAGCUGGAAGCUUUACGCUCUCAGCUGACUGGCACAGUCAACGUGGAGGUGGAUGCUGCUCCUCAGACAGAUCUCAACAAAGUCCUGGACGACAUCCGCUCCCAGUACGAAUCCAUCACAGACAAACACCGUCGUGACCAGGAGAGCUGGUUUAAUGAGAAGUCGUCUACCUUGUCCAAGGAGGUGGCCGUCAACACAGAGUCCAUCCAGACGUCCAAGACGGAGGUCAAUGACCUUCGGCGCACAAUGCAGGGCCUGGAGAUCGAGCUCCAGUCUCAGCUCAGCAUGAAAGGUGCUCUGGAGAACACGCUGGGGGAGACAGAGGCUCGGUAUAGCGCCAUGCUAGCAGGCUACCAGAACACAAUCAACAUGCUGGAGCAGGAACUGGCCAACGUGCGUGGAAGCAUCGAGACGCAGGGCCAGGACUACAGGAUGCUGCUGGACAUCAAGACCAGGCUGGAGCAGGAGAUCGCCACCUACAGGAGCCUGCUGGAGACAGAGGAGUCCAGACCAAUGGCUACAGGAGGCUCAAAGACCACAGUCACAACCACCACUGUGCGCAGUUCCAGCUAGAAGGUCCAACUGGCAGGACAAGCUGUUCUCAGACACACACAAGCACACACACACACACGUACACACACACUCCAACUAAUAAAAAGCUGUUACACGAGACGAGUGAAACUGUACUGAAAAGAGAGAGAGAAUAAAAAUGAAGCCCGUGUUAAAGUUUGCAAUUUAAUCCAAGCAAUCAUUGUGUAUGUG